AUCCAUCGCACACCGAGUUUUCUAGGGCUCUUGAAGCAGCGAAAUUUAGGACUGUUUCCUCCCGUCGCUAUCUAGGAGCGCCUUAGCCAGCAGCCCGAGCGCCAGCUUAGUCUUCUCGAAAUACGAAACGCCCCUGAUUGUACUCGUGGUUCUUUAAACCCCGGAUCGUACGUUGCCGCUUUUUAUUCGACUCAAAGCAGGUUUACCCUCUCGAAAUCGCCAACGCCUCUGGUUGCACUUGCGAUUCUUUAAACCCCGCAUCGUGCGUUGCCGUUUCAAGCCGCUCACUUGGGCCUGCGAAUGACGGGAGUCGGAGUGGCGGAGCCGGAAGCGCAGGAAGCGGGGGAGCAAUUGGGGGGAAGGGCGGAAAGGGCGGAAGACGCGGAAGCGUUGACAGGCGAUGGAGGGAGGGGAGAGGAGGGGAGUGGGGAUGAGGGGGGUGGGGGGGAGGGGAGUGGGGAGGAGGGGAGUGGGGAGGAGGGGAGUGGGGAGGAGGAGCAGGUCAGGUUUGAUUGGUUAGGUGGGUCGGGUGGGAAGGAAGGGGAUGAGGAAGAGGACGGGGAGGAUGGGGAUGAGGGGGAGGAGGGAGCAGAAGAAGAAGAAGAAAUAGAGGGCGGGGAAGCGGAGGAAGCGGAGGGAGCGGAGGAAGCGGAGGGAGCGGAGGAAGCGGAGAAAGCGGAGGAAGCGGAGGAAGCGGAGGAAGCGGAGGAAGCGGAGGAAGCGGAGGAAGCGGAGGAAGCGGAGGAAGCGGAGGAAGGGGAGGAGGAAGGAGAGGAGGGGGAGGAGGGAGAGGAGGGAGAGGAGGAGGAAGGGAAGGAGGAGGGAGAGGAGGGGGAGGAGGAGUAUAUGGUGUUGAGCGAGCAAGCCGUGAGGCAAAAGAAAUUGGACGACUAUGCGCGCUCCUUCGCCCCAAUCGUUUGGGAACCCAAAACCUCCCUCGCCUCCUCCUCCUCAUUCUCCUCCUCGACUUCCUCCUCCUCUCCAUUCUCCCUCUCCUCCCUCUCCUCCUCCCUCUUUUCCCCCUCUCUUUUCUCACACUCUCGCCGCAAAACCAAGCCCACCAAGGCAAAAAACACCCCCCUAAAACCCAGCGCCGUUGCUGACGCGGCAAAGGGUACAACCGACGUGGCAAGGGGUGCGACUGACGUGGCAAGGGGGAAGAGCACUGGGCCCAGGGGCGUCACUGUAGCAACCACUGGGUCGGCUCGGAUCGUUCUGCGAGAGGCCUCCGAACUGGGCGGCAUAAGAAGCACCACUGGGAUCCGAUUGGCUGUUGUUAGCGAGAAGGAGGGUGAAGGGGGGGAAGGGGGAGGAGGCAAGGGAGGGGAGGCAGGGAGAGGGGAGCACGGGAGGGGAGGGCCGGAGAACGGAGGAGGGGGAGGGAAAGAGAAGGGGGGAGAGAAAUGGGUGGAGGGGCAGUUACAAGUGCCUCCAAAGGACCCUCAUAAGCUGGCGCAGAUCGCCAGGAAGAACAAACCCAACACCGCUGGGCCGAAAUGGUACGAUCUUCCAGCGCCCACUGUGACUCCUGAGCUCAAGACCGAGCUGCAAUUGCUACGGAUGAGGAAUGUUCUUGACCCCAAGAGACACUAUCGAGCUGCAGACUCCAAGAAGCUUCCUACGCACUUUCAGAUCGGCACGGUGGUGGAAGGUGCCGCUGACUUCUACAGCAGCCGGCUGACUCGGAGGGAGAGGAAGCAGAGCUUUGCGGCUGAGCUGUUGCACGACGACGACCUCAAGAAAUACAGGAAGCGCAAGUUCCUGGAAAUCGCGGAGGAGAAUCAGCGCAAGGGAAGGAGGCACCUGGUGAAGAAGCAGGACCGGAAGAACCCCACGUGGGCCAGGGCAGCACCUAAAUGAUGAGGCCACCGUUUUUCAUAUCAUGCGUACUGCUAGGUUCCGGUUGUAUUGUGAGUCGACUCAAAAUAGAACCCCACGUGGGCCAGGGCAGCACCUACCGGUAAAUGAUGAGGCCACCGUUUUUCAUACCAUGCGUGCUGCUAGGUUCCUUGGCUAGGCCAUCACUUCACAGUUUGUGCCAGAGGCACCUGGUGAAGAAGCAGGACCGAAAGAACCCCACGUGGGCCAGGGCAACGCCCAAGUGAUAAGCCAC